GCAACUGGCAACAUUGUCUGUCAGUAAAAAGUGAAACCAGUUGAAGAAACAGUGAAUGGCUGUUUUUUGACAAUUCUGACAGUCCAUCAUGGCUCUCGAUAGCGGUGGUCUCACAGCUCCAAGAGCUUUGUAUUAUUUAUUUAUUCCAGUUCUAAAAUGCUCAAAAAUUCUACUCUGACAAGUUUAGUAAUAGGUAAAAAAUGUCAUACAAGAAAUCAAGAAAGAAUCGCUCAACGAAAAAUCUGGGAGAUAUAACCCUGAAUGAUUGUGCAAAUUCAUCGGUUUCCAAGUCUAGACUGAAGAAAUCCACAAAUAGCGUCGUCAAAGUUUUGAAGAAUCUCGAAGUCGAGAAAGAGUGGGACGAAAAAACUGACGAAUUUGACGGUGAUUUUGUGAAAGUGGAAGAUGAAGAUGGCAAUGUAUCGUACGAAAUCCGUCAAUCAGAUUCACAUAGAAGGAAAAAGACAGUUUCUAACUCGGAGGACCUGAAUAGUGAUGGAAACGAAUACCACAUUGAUAUAUGGUUUUUGAUAUCUGAAUAUAUUCGACCCGAAGACGUCGGUCGGUUCGCUGGCAUUUGCCGGGCAUCGUUCGAAGUUGUUUGUACUGCUAAAUUUUGGUUUUCCCUGUACAGAAAACACUACCAGUCUGUCCCAAAUAUGCCUGAGCAACUGCAGCCUGAAUGCUUAGUCCGGAAAUAUAGUUUGCGUACUUCUGUCGUCAGAGCUUUAUACCACAUGUAUCCGCCAUUUAUCGACAAGCUGAAACCCGUUUGUACUAGCUUCGAAGAUCAUCCCGAUGUCCUGCGUAAGAGGCAGUGCGAAUCUUUGUGGUACCAGAAACAGAAGGGUCAGUGGAUUUUUUACUUCAAAAUGAGAGAGAGGACUCAAAGUUCUCUGCAACAUUCCACCAGGGGGACUGAUAGGCGCCCUGAUUUAUUGGAGAUUUUGGAUGAUGUGUCUGCGAAUCCAGACGAACAUUGCCGAGUACUGCAAGUAACCUGUUUGCAUUCUGUCAGAAUUCCACCUGUUAUAGGUCAACUGCUCACAUAUGUGGCGCUAACUCUUUCCCAGGGCUACAGACACCACAGACUUCAGCUGGGAUUCAGUUCGGGAGUACGCAGCUACUACUCGCCAGAUGGCAGUGAUCAUACCAUAAUCGUCCUAGACCCAGUAAUAGAUUAUAAACUUUUGGACUGGUGGCACCCCCUGUAUCCACAUAGCCAUAACAUGCAGGACUUGUUGAACCAAGACUAAUUUGAAUUAUCUGAUCUACAAAUAGGCUUGUAACGAAGUUGGCAAUUCAAUGAAUUUUAAAUUGUGAUAGAAACCAUAUUUUCAAAGGUAGCGGGAAAGAUUGUAUAGUUAUACCAAGUGGAAGGAAAGUCGACAUUUAACUUAAAUGUUUGCACUUGGCAUAACCUCCUGAAUUUCAUUUGAAGUAUGUACUCAACAGUGUGAUAGAAACAAAUUGGUUUACAUCUUUCUAAGUAUUGGGAUUAUUUAAGUUAAAAACGAAAAUGUAAUUUAUUUUUACCAAAUUAAAACUGGGCAUUAUAAUGUU